GUCAGGCGGCGGCGCUCGGGACCCUCUGGCCGCACGGGGGACGAACUGACUGACGUAUCUCGCCCGCCCGCGUCCCCGCCCCCGCCCCUGCCUCAUCUACCCGGGGCUCCCGGGGCUCCUGGCCAGAGCGCUUUCUCUCGCUGCUCCUCUCUUCGGCCCUUUCUCUCUCUGGCACCUCGGGCGGCUGCGGUGGCAGCGGCGACAGCGACCCCGGCAGCAGCGAGCGGCGGGAGCGGGUGGCCGUGACGAUGAAGUGCAAGCCCAACCAGACGCGCACCUACGACCCGGAGGGGUUCAAGAAGCGGGCGGCGUGCCUGUGCUUCCGGAGCGAGCGCGAGGACGAGGUGCUGUUAGUGAGUAGCAGUCGGUACCCGGACCGCUGGAUCGUGCCGGGCGGGGGCAUGGAGCCCGAGGAGGAGCCGGGCAGUGCGGCUGUCCGAGAGGUGUUCGAAGAGGCGGGAGUCAAGGGGAAGUUAGGCCGGCUCCUGGGCAUUUUCGAACAGAACCAAGACCGCAAGCACAGAACGUACGUGUACGUACUGACCGUCACCGAGAUUCUGGAGGAUUGGGAAGAUUCGGUUAGCAUUGGAAGGAAGCGAGAGUGGUUCAAAAUCGAAGAUGCGAUCAAGGUUCUCCAGUGCCACAAGCCCGUGCAUGCCGAAUAUCUGGAGAAACUAAAGCUGGGCGGCUCCCCAACCAAUGGAAACUCGGUGGCCCCGUCUCUGCCACAGAGCGAUCCCUAGUAUGUACCGCUCCUGCACAGACUUCUGCUUUCCGCCUACCUUAGAAUAAAUAGUGCCCGGAGCACCUCUGCUGCCUAGUGCGGUCUCUCGGGGAGGAGGGGGGCUUCUUUUGUUUCCUUGGCAGAGCUCUGAAUCACGCUUGCAAACUGUCUCAGUUGCCAGGCACUGUUUUCAGACAAUUUGCACGUUUUUCAGAUGCUUUGAAAAUCGCUGCUUCGUAGGACUGUAACAGAUUUCGGUAAGCCUAAACCACGUGGGUUUGUUUGUUGUUGUUUUUUUAAGGUGCCUUAACUGCUUGCUCAGCUCUUAGUGUGUGUGUGUGUGUGUGUGUGUGUGUGUGUGUGUGUACAAGUGUGUUCACGCUGUGGGU